AUGUCCGAUGAUUCACAAAUAGCUGAGUUUGUUUCAAUUACAAACGCCUCCAAAUCAUUAGCUGAACAAUAUAUUCAAAGAAAUAAUGGAGAUUUAGUUGAAGCAAUUGAAGAUUUUUAUGCAAAUAAUGAACAUUCAAAUCAACAACCAGAACAGCAUCAACCGCCAAUCACAACCACAACGACCAAAAAAUCAAAACCUAAAAAUCCAUCAAGUGGGAUCAGAACUUUUAAAGAUUUAAAUGAAGAUGAUGAUGAAGAAGAUGAUAAAACAAAUACUAAUUUUUUCACUGGUGGUGAGAAAUCAGGUUUACAAGUAGAAGAUCCAAAUAAAGAUCGUGAUAGAAGUAUAAUUGAUCAAAUUUUUCAAAGAGCAAGAGAUCAAAUGAAUACACCAGAUGAUAGACCAAGUGCAUCAAAUCCAGGACAACCCCAACAAGAAACUUUUCAAUUUUCAGGUACUGGUUUCAAAUUAGGUGAUGGAAAUGAACCAAGUGAACAAGUUGAAGAUCCUCAUGCAAAUAUGAGAAAUUUAUUAAAUAAAUUAAAACCAAAAAAAGUUAAUAGAGAAAUUACAUUUUGGAAACAAGGUUUUACAGUUGGUGAUUCAGAAUUAUAUAGUUAUAAUGAUCCAAAAAAUCAAAGAAUAUUGAAUGAAAUAGAACAAGGAAGAGUGCCUAUAAAUAUUUUACAAGUUGAUCCUCAAGAUGAUGUUGAUGUAACUGUAUCUAAAAGAACAGAUGAAGAUUAUUCACCACCUAAAAGAAAAAUUGGUGGAUAUCAUGGUUCUGGGCAUAGAUUGGGAUCACCAGUACCUGGAGAACCAAUAAAUAAAGCCGAGUCAACACCAAUAACCCCUUCCACCACACAACCAUCAAAACCUACACCUGAUCAAGGUGAAGGUGAUACAUUAGUUCAAAUAAGAUUUGCAAAUGGUACUAGAACAUCUCAUAAAUUUAAUUCAACUGAUCCAAUUACAACUGUAUAUGAUUUUGUAAGAAAUCAUGCAUCAAAUAGUAAUUCUGGUAGAAAUUUUACUUUGAGUCAUGCAUUCCCAGUAAAACCAAUUGAAGAAAAAGAAGAUACAACUGUUGCUGAUGCUAAAUUAAAAAAUGCUGUUAUAGUACAAAGAUGGGUAUAG